CCAAUAUCAGAAAAACCUCUCUUCUUUCGACUAAAUCGAGAACACUGAACGAGGUGGUGUGUAGUGCUCUAGCCAUCCACCCCCACCCCACCCCCCUACACACACAGAGUUUUCCACCUUUAAAUUAAGCUCGCCGCCUCCUCACCCUAUGGAAGAAGACCAAGACCGCGAUUCGGCAGCUGAAGCAGCACCAGAUCAUCACCUUCCCCAAGAAAACAGCAACAAAACCACCGAGGACAACUCGACCACCGCAUCCACCGCCACAACAGAAACAACGGACAACAACAACAGAAAGUGCAAGGGCAAAGGAGGCCCCGAAAACAACAAGUUCAGGUACCGCGGCGUGCGUCAGCGGAGCUGGGGCAAAUGGGUAGCUGAGAUCCGCGAGCCGCGAAAGCGCACUCGCAAGUGGCUGGGGACCUUCUCCACUGCCGAGGAUGCUGCCCGCGCCUACGACCGGGCCGCCAUCAUCCUCUACGGUUCCAGGGCACAGCUCAACCUCCAGCCCUCCGGUUCCUCGUCCCAGAACUCCACGCGCGGCUCCUCUUCUUCCUCCUCAUCGUCGAGCUCGUCCACCCAAACCCUAAGACCCCUUCUCCCUCGCCCCUCCGGCUUCGGCCUUACUCUGCCCCACCUCUCCUCCGCUCACCCGGUCCCACUCAUGGCUUCGGGGUUCGUUCCUUACGGUGUUGAAGUAGGGUUAGGAGUCUACCCUAACGUUGCUACUGCUGCCGCCGUCGCCGGUGGUGGUGCAACUUCGUCCGUGCGUUUGAAUCAGCAUCCUCAUCAUAAUAAUAUGUUAGAUCAAGAUCAUCCUCAAGACAACAUUAAUCCAUUGCACCAACAACUACAGCAACAGCAGCAGGUUGUGGUGCAACACUUUCAUCAUCAGUACCCCAUCUCGUUAUCUGACAGAUCAUCAACCUCGUAUCAAUAUCCAAACUCUAGUCACGAUCAAUACCAACUACAACUACACCAUCAGAAUAACAAUAAUCUGGAGUGUUGUUCGCACGACGAUGUCAUGAAUUCGCUUGUGGGAUCGGGGUUGUCUACGGAGCCUAUGGCGGUUGCACCGGGGUGUUCUGACAUUUCGAUGGGGGGAGUGGGGCCCAUUUCGCCGUCGAUGUGGCCGCUGACAAGCGAGGAAGAGUGCGUGCCGAGCCUUUGGGAUUACGGCGAUCCUUUCUUCUUGGAUUUGAAGGGAUUGGAUUUGUGAGGAUCAAGAAUUCGAGGUCUUGAUCAAGCUUAAUAUAUAUUCGAGUCACUCUCUUUCGAAGAACGGGAGAGAGAGAGAGAGAGAGAGAGAGAGAUAUAUAUAUAUAUAUAUUCAAUUCCUUUCAAAAUUCAAGCUUAAUAUAUAUACUAGGCUUGCAUGCAAGAAUUCAUUGUACUUUUGGUCUCCAUGGAGAAUAUAUUUUGGUUUACAAGAUCCAACUCUGGAAACCAAAAAUACCCGAAGAUUGAUUAGGAGGAAAGAGUGCAUUUUAGUAUUGGAUUGAAGCAUACCACAUUACUGUAUGAUCGGUCGAUAGAAGCUCUUGAUGAACACAAGGGGUUGUCAAUUUGAUUAAUGAUGGUGGUCUUAUAAUAUGUUGCAGAAAGAUCCAUCUGAGGUAAGGUUCCUUAUUCAUCAUCAGUUUAUCAUAAAGAUCUCAAAGUGUUGUGGAGUUUUGGGAUGGAACGUUUCCAUAAAUAUUAGGACUUUAUUUUUUAUUUUUAUAACUCAGAUUAUAGUAUUGGGAAUUUUAUUCAUUAGGAUGU